AUGAGUGGCGGCUUGCGAACACAGAAGAGAGACACGAAAAUGCGCAUUAGGGCCUUCCCUAUGACCAUGGAUGAGAAGUAUGUCAACAGUAUCUGGACAUUACUACGUAAUGCAAUCCAAGAAAUACAAAAAAAGAACAACAGUGGCUUGAGUUUUGAAGAACUCUACCGAAAUGCAUAUACCAUGGUCCUACAUAAACAUGGGGAAAAACUUUACACUGGUCUGCGUGAAGUAGUCACUGAACACCUUAUCAAUAAGGUUCGAGAAGAUGUUCUGCGUGCACUUAACAACCAUUUUCUGCAGACAUUGAAUGUUGCAUGGAAUGAUCAUCAGACAUCAAUGGUGAUGAUAAGAGACAUCCUAAUGUACAUGGACAGAGUGUAUGUCCAACAAAAUAAUGUGGACAAUGUCUACAAUUUAGGAUUGAUGAUAUUCAGAGACCAAGUUGUCAGACAUCCAAUCAUUAGAGAACAUUUAAGAACCACAUUAUUAGAAAUGGUAUCCAAAGAACGAAAAGGAGAAAUUGUUGAUAGAGGUGCUGUAAAAAAUGCCUGUCAGAUGUUAAUGGUCUUAGGAAUUGAUGCUAGAUCUGUCUAUGAGGAGGAUUUUGAAAGACCCUUCCUUGACCAGUCAGCAGAAUUUUACAAACUUGAGAGUCAGAAAUUUUUGGCGGAAAACAGUGCAUCUGUCUACAUUAAAAAGGUUGAAGCUCGAAUCAAUGAGGAGGCUGAAAGAGCAACGCAUUAUUUAGAUAAAUCAACCGAAGAACCUAUAGUUAAAGUACUUGAAGAAGAACUUAUUAGAAAACACAUGAAAACCAUUGUGGAGAUGGAGAAUUCUGGUGUGGUUCACAUGUUAAAAAAUAAUAAGACUGAUGAUCUGGCUUGUAUGUAUAAACUAUUUAUAAGAGUGCCAGAGGGACUGAAAACCAUGUGUGAUUGCAGCAGUGCCUAUUUGAGAGAACAAGGAAAAGCACUUGUUUCUGAAGAGGGAGAAGAUGGAAAAAAUGCCAUCUCUUACAUCCAGAGUUUAUUGGACCUUAAGGACAGGUUUGAUCACUUCCUUCAUGAGUCUUUCAAUGAUGAUAAGCAAUUCAAACAGGUUAUAUCUGGUGAUUUUGAAUACUUUAUCAACUUGAAUACACGAUCUCCAGAAUAUCUUUCACUUUUCAUAGAUGAUAAAUUAAAGAAAGGUGUGAAAGGGAUGUCAGAACAGGAAAUAGAAAAUGUACUUGAUAAAAGUAUGGUUCUAUUCCGUUUUCUACAAGAAAAAGAUGUCUUUGAGAGGUAUUACAAACAGCAUUUAGCUAAACGACUACUGCUCAACAAAAGUGUCUCUGAUGAUUCAGAAAAGAACAUGAUCUCCAAAUUGAAGACUGAAUGUGGUUGUCAGUUCACCUCCAAGCUGGAAGGAAUGUUCAAAGACAUGACUGUAUCAAAUAGCACAAUGGAUGAAUUCAAAAAUUUCUUGCAGCAAUCUGGUGCAAGUUUAUCAGGAGUUGACCUUUUUGUCAGAGUACUUACCACAGGCUUCUGGCCUACACAAUCAGCACCACCCAGAUGUAAUAUCCCCCAUGCGCCCAGAUCAGCCUUUGAAACUUUUAGGAGAUUUUACCUUGCAAAGCAUAGUGGCAGACAGCUGACGUUACAACCUCAACUAGGCUCUGCUGACUUGCAUGCCUGUUUUUAUGGUCCUCGAAAAGAAGAAAAUGGAGAUGGUGCUAGUGCCAGUUCAUCAAAAGGCCCACGGAAACACAUUAUUCAAGUGUCCACAUUUCAAAUGUGUGUCUUGAUGUUGUUCAAUACUCAUGGAAAAAUGACCUAUGAGGAAAUUAAGAGUGAAACAGAUAUCCCAGAAAAGGACCUUCUCCGAGCCAUUCAGUCUCUGGCAGUUGGUAAGAUAGCACAGCGGGUGCUUCAUAAAGACCCCAAAACAAAAGAAAUUGAACCAGAUCAUGUAUUUACUGUGAAUGACCAGUUUACCUCUAAAUUAUUUAGGGUUAAAAUUCAAACUGUGGCUGGAAACAAAGGUGAAGCUGAGCCUGAAAGAAAAGAAACUCGCAAAGCUGCCAUUGUGAGAAUCAUGAAAGCCAGGAAGAAGCUACAGCAUAAUGUGUUGGUUGCUGAGGUAACUGAACAACUGAAAGCAAGAUUCUUACCAAGUCCUGUGGUAAUUAAGAAAAGAAUUGAAGGAUUGAUAGAACGAGAAUACUUGGCUAGAACUCCAGAAGACAGAAAAAUGUACACCUACCUUGCAUGA